CUGCGCUUUAAAUAGCAGGUGUUUGAAAACUGUUCAUGCUCAGCCUGUCACCACUGUAGGUCUGCCUGCUCCCUCUCUCUUUAACUCCGUCAAAACACACGCGAUGUCAGCCGCCAGCACCGAGACGAGCGCCCAGUUGCCCGCGUCCGCCAGCCGGGUGUUCUUCCAGCCGCCGGCCGGGGUUGGGUGCGCUGGUUCCGGCCCCAUUCCGCGGGAUGACCCGGUCCAGAGGAAGCAGGGAAAAGUGACGGUGAAGUACGACAGGAAGGAGCUGCGGAAGAGACUGAUACUGGAGGAGUGGAUCAUUGAACAACUCAGCGAUCUGUACGACUGUGAGGAAGAGGAGAUGCCGGAGGUAGAGAUAGAUAUUGAUGACCUACUGGAAGUCAACAGUGAAGAUGAGAGAGCUGUCAAACUACAGGAAUCCUUAAUAGACUGCUAUAAACCCACGGAGGUCUUUGUCAGGGAGUUGUUAGGGAGGAUACGAGGGAUGAGGAAACUCAGUGCGCCCACCAAGAAGGGCCUAUAAUGGUUGUCUACCCACUCUGCUGUGGAUCGGCAAUAACCCAGCUGCAGUUCAUCCACAACGACUGCAGCUAGACCGCAAAUGGACAAGUACAGACUGGACUCAACUGCUCGUGUCAACAUGGAUUUAGCUACCCAGUAGCUUAGUGACCAUUACCCCUAAAUAACUUUACAACAGUACAGCUGAGAUACAGCACCUCUACAGCUGAGAUACAGCACCUCUACAGCUGAGAUACAGCACCUCUACAGCUGAGAUACAGCACCUCUACAGCUGAGAUACAGCACCUCUACAGCUGAAAUACAUCACCUCUCAGCACCUCUACAGCUGAGAUACAGCACCUCUACAGCUGAGAUACAGCACCUCUACAGCUGAGAUACAGCACCUCUACAUCUGAGAUACAGCACCUCUACAGCUGAGAUACAGCACCUCUACAGCUGAGAUACAUCACCUCUACAGCUGAGAUACAGCACCUCUACAGCUGAGAUACAGCACCUCUACAGCUGAGAUACAGCACCUCUCUACAGCUGAGAUACAUCACCUCUACAGCUGAGAUACAGCACCUCUACAGCUGAGAUACAGCACCUCUACAGCUGAGAUACAGCACCUCUACAGCUGAGAUACAGCACCUCUACAGCUGAGAUACAGCACCUCGACAGCUGAGAUACAGCACCUCUACAGCUGAGAUACAGCACCUCUACAGCUGAGAUACAGCACCUCUCUACAGCUGAGUUACAGCACCUCGACAGCUGAGAUACAUCACCUCUCAGCACCUCUACAGCUGAGAUACAGCACCUCUACAGCUGAGAUACAGCACCUCUACAGCACCUCUACAGCUGAGAUACAGCACCUCUACAGCUGAGAUACAGCACCUCUACAGCACUUCUACAGCUGAGAUACAGCACCCCUACAGCUGAGAUACAGCACCUCUACAGCACUUCUACAGCUAGUUUAACAGUCUUUAUGUGACUAAAAUGCCGUAUCUCUACACUACAGCCGUAACUCUACACUACAGCCCUAACUCUACACUACAGCCCUAACUCUACACUACAGCCCUAACUCUACACUACAGCCCCAACUCUACACUACAGCCCUAACUCUACACUACAGCCCUAACUCUACACUACAGCCCUAACUCUACACUACAGCCCUAACUCUACACUACAGCCCCAACUCUACACUACAGCCCUAACUCUACACUACAGCCCUAACUCUACACUACAGCCGUAACUCCACACUACAGCCAUAUCUCUACACUACACUACAGCCGUAACUCCACACUACAGCCAUAUCUCUACACUACACUACAGCCGUAACUCCACACUACAGCCGUAUCUCUACACUACACUACAGCCGUAACUCCACACUACAGCCGUAUCUCUACACUACACUACAGCCGUAACUCUACACUACAGCCG